AUGAUAGUGCUCGGUUCAGCAGCCUACGUCAAGAGGUACGCUACUAUUUCGUCAUACGGAGGCCUGGAGUCUGCGCUACCUUUUUCUAAUUCAAGCGCGCAUAGGAUAAGGCACGCAAAGCAACAAGGCCCGCGUACAAGACUCUGUUUCGCGCACAUUUCUAUAAGCGACGACACCGCGGCGGUACGGAAACCGAGCUCUUUCAUCGUGACCCGACGCCUGUUACGUUCCUCGUUUAGCGGCGCAGCGCGUGCACAUCAACGUCGUGAGAAGACGCCAAGAGCCCUCACCCGCUUGCCGGCAGGCUGA